AUGGAACACUCAAUCCUUGAGCGAUUGGGGAUUGGUUGGAACGAUAGCGUUGGUGAAGCCAACGAGAAGCGAGUGAAAGAGUAUGACAGGCAGGUGGAGGAGGCAUUGGACUAUGUAGAGACUUAUCGCAAGGACUGGGAGAAAAAAGCCAAACAAGUGCAAGCGCCAGGGGCACUGAUUGAACAAAGACGUGCUUAUGAGAAAGGCUUCGUCACAGAGAAGGGGAAGACUCAGCUGGCAGUCUCAAUCAAGAUUGAAGAGCCACUGAGGAGUCUCUUGGCUGAAGCCAGAGAGGAUUUGGUGAAUUGCCUGCUGAGUGAAGGUAGCCGAUCGCGAGCUGAAGAAAUCGAAGACAGUCCCACUUGGGUGCCAGAUUUUGCCCACAUUCAAGAUGCUGAUUUGCACAUCACGGUUUGCAUUCCGAGCUUGUGGAGGGAGCCGGCCAGUGACCCUUCAGCCCACGAUUCUUACAACCGUGAAGUUGGCGCAGCGCUUCGAACAAUUGCAGCUGAUCAUGAAGCCUUUGUGCUGGAGCUGGACAGACUCCUACUUUCAAAAGACGGCUCACUCUUGGGCCUGUUCCGAACAGUGGGUGAAGCCAGCGGCGAUACCAAGGCUGAUAUACUCAGCGAUCGUGCAAGCGACACUUUGGACCCCAUGACUUCACUACGGUCAGAUGUCCUGUAUGUUUUUCUGGAGAAAAAGCUCUCGCACAUUCAGAGACAAAACGAGCUUGACUUGGCUCAUGCUCAUGAGCAUCCACAUCUUCUUAGACAGGCCACAAUUGUGAAAACUGUGGGUGGGUCUGCCCAUGGCUACAUCCAUUGCUCUUUGUGCCGCCUGGCUUUGGCACCGGAGCUUACAAAGCAGCCCGUUAACUGGAAGUUGCUACAUAGACUUUGCAGGUCAUGGACUGCCAAGCUGACCGGACGUAGAAUGGCAGUUCGUGCAUUUACUCUCAGUGAGAUGACUGGUUUGGGGCAAGGAAGGAACAAGAAUCCCUUCGACAAAGCGCUUCCUGGUUACAAGAAAUCAGCUUGA